GCGAUGUGAAGAAGGAGGGAAAAAAACUCAAUUUCCCAUGACUCUGUUUUCCAUAUCCGCAUGCACAGGUUGUCUCGGCGGCCCUUGCAGGGGCCGACUUCCUUUCGCUGCGACAUCUUGACGAGGAAACAUGCCUCCCAAGGCAGACAAGAAGAAGGACACUGGGAAGUCUAAGAAGGACAAAGACCCAGUCAAUAAGUCUGGAGGCAAAGCUAAGAAGAAGAAGUGGUCCAAGGGAAAAGUGAGGGAUAAGCUCAACAACUUGGUCCUUUUUGACAAGGCCACCUAUGACAAACUAUACAAAGAGGUUCCCAACUAUAAACUCAUCACCCCCGCUGUCGUGUCAGAGAGGCUGAAAAUCCGUGGCUCCCUCGCCAGAAACGCUCUUCAGGAACUGCUUUCCAAAGGUAUGAUUAAACUGGUGUCCAAACACAGAGCGCAGCUGAUUUACACACGUAACACCAAGGGAGGAGAUGAAGAAGCAGUAGCAGAGAAGGCCUAAUCAGGAUCUGCUGCUGAUUUCUUGGGAUGAGCUGUUUGUAAUAAGUGAAUUAAUAAAACUGUAAAGACAU